GAGUGGUUUCCUCCUUCCCUGGGUAACAUACCCAGUGUGCACGGUCGUCGUCACGACCACUGUCCACAGGUUUUUCCUUGCAGGAUUGGCGCUCCAGCGGCGGUCUUCCCGCCCCUGCGCGCCCAGCUGUGGCACACAUCCGCCCCCGAUGUGACAGUCUCCAUGGGUUACGAGGACCGGCCUCUUCCUCCCCCGUCCCAGGCUGUUCCGGGGGUGGUCACAAGGAGCCAGGUAAGUGCUUCGAUGUCCCUAGACUCAGCACGGCCACGACAUGGUGUGGCACCUCGAGCUCCGCCCCGCCAUGAGGCCCCACCUGCCGGUACAUCCGACAAGGUUGUCCCUUUGGUCCCUCAUGCACGGAACUUGGAUGCGUGGCUUGCACUUUCCAAUCCAUCGCGAUGGCUGGUCCGGACCGUCGGACUCGGCUACGCGAUUCAGUUCACCAGGCAUCCGCCCAGGUUCAGCGGUAUCCACUUCACCUAGGUGAAGGACGAAAACGCUGAUACCUUGCACGCGGAGAUCGCUACCCUCCUACAGAAGGGUGCGAUAAAACCUGUCCCUCCGGCCAAGAUGAAUAAGCUCCUCCCAGUUCAAAGCAUCUCUUUCCUCGGUUUGGAGUUGGACUCAGUCUCUUUGACAGCGUGCCUCACGAACGAGUGCACAGAGUCGGUGCUGGCCUGUUUGAAGGCGUUCAAACAGAAAACAGCAGUUCCACUGAAACUCUUUCAGAGGCUCCUGGGGCAUAUGGCAUCCUCAGCGGUGGCCACCCCGCUUGGGUUGAUGCAUAUGAGACCGCUUCAGCACUGGCUUCAGACUCGAGUCCCGAGAUGGGCAUGGCGCCGCGGGACACAUCGCAUGGUCAUCACGCCGGUCUGUCACCGUCUUUACAGCCCUUAGACCGAUCUCUCGUUUCUAUGGGCAGGUGUUCCCCUAGAGCAGGUCUCCAGGUGCAUCGUGGUCACGACAGACGCCUCCAAAAUGGGCUGGGGCGCUGUUUGCAACGGGCAUGCAGCCGCCGGCUUGUGGACUGGCCUGCGACUGCAUUGGCACAUCAACUGCCUCGAGUUGUUGGCAAUUCUGCUCGCCCUGCGGAGGUUUCGGCCGUUGAUCCAGGGCAAGCACGUGUUAGUUCGGAAAGACAACACGGCAACGGUAGCAUAUGUCAACCACCAAGGCGGUCUGCGCUCUCGUUGUAUGUCACAACUCGCCCGCCGUCUCCUCCUCUGGAGUCAGCAGCACUUCAAGUCGCUGCGAGCCACUCACAUUAUUUCACCAUUUACUAACCCUAAUGUACUAAACCCUAAAGUCUUCACAUGUAAGGAGGAAAUCAUGCAGCCGUGUAAUGUCUUUAAAACAUACCAACUGUCAUGCUAGGUUCACGUUAUGCUAGAUAAAAGCUUACCUACCUUACCUUACAUCUCUCUCUCACACACACACACGCACACACACACACACACACACAGACACACAAAACUAUUUGUGGAAUGUGCUAAACCUGUUCAAUCCCUGUUGGCCAAACCCUAAAACAUGUGAAACACGUGCCACUUCUAAAACCCAACCUACAGCUCUGAUGCCUUUACUGUACAGUAACUCGUGCAGUCGUCACCUAUCAGCUUCAUUCUUCACUGACAUUUAUAUAAUCUUUUAGAGAGAUUUAUAAACUUCAUUAUUAUCAUUCUCAUCGUCGUCUGGUGCAGUUUACAAUGAAACUCCUGUGGUCUCUGCUCGUCCUGCUGUUCUUCAGUCUGCUGGCUUCAUGCAGGCUGGUGCAGAACCUUUUAGGAAAUUGUCCUGAAUUCUUUCUGGAGAUGCCAAAUGGUCGGGUUACACCCACUAACCUGCCAGGGGAAAAUUAUAAAAGAAUCUGCCAGGAUUAUAGGGGAGAUGAUAGAUUUGCGACAUAUUAUGAUACCAACUGGCAUAUUCCUGUUUGGUCAGCGUACAGAUUCAGAGAAACUGGUGAAGUCAAUAGAGCUGGAAUUCCAUGGAGAAUUGAACCUGAGCUCAACCAUGACCAUCAAGCUUCUUAUGCAGAUUACAAUCGAUUAGGAGAAGAUUGGGACCGAGGUCAUCUGUAUCCUGUUCAACACACAGCUACUCAAGUAGAUUGUAAUGCUACAUUUGCUCUCACUAAUGCAAUACCACAGGACCGAGGACUCAACAGAGGCCAGUGGAAUGUUCUGGAAGGUCGUCUUUCCGUCAUUAUAACUAAUUACUGUUUGAACAGGGGUUACAGAGCAUAUGUUGUUGUAGGAGCAGUUCCAGACAACAAUCAAAAUGAUGACAUAAAUAAUUUAAAUAUACCAACCCACAUAUGGAGUGCUUACUGUUGUAUUGAUAACCGAGACAAUGCACAGCUUUCUAGGGGUUUUAUUGUUGCGAAUAUUGGCAAUAUCACACCAAGGGAGAUGACUGUGCUUGACCUGGAGGAUGAGCUCUCUGAUCUCUAUCAGUAUAAUUUUCAAGUAUUUGGUGGGAGAUGUUGAUUAUUAAAUUCAGCUUGUUGCAUUUUUGGCUUGCCUUACAAAUUCUCCGCCUGAUGAGAAUACAGUCAUUUACAUAAAAAAUUAAAUUUCACCAGAGUAAUUUAAUAAUACUGUAAUGAAUGAAUACUUUCACACUGUUAAAAUUAAACUGAAAGACGUGUGUAAUUAGGGAUACAAAUUAAAUGUAAAUCAGAUGUUUUGAAAUUAUUAGUUUUGAGUUUAUAUACCAAAACUAUGUAUUGCUUUCAUUUUGAUAAAAACAGAAGCAACUGUGAAUUACACAUUGUGACAAUAAUGAGAUUUUGCAUGUAACAUAAUGCAUGAGCUGACAUUAGUAUUAUCAUUAAAUGAGAAAUAACAAGGAAUCUGAAUAAAUGAAUAAUCCUACAAGCAAGCAAUAUAAUUGACCGACAUAUUUUUUAAAUUUAAGUGUUUUAAUAGUAGUUGCCUAUGUGGUUAAUUUUACGUAACAAUAAAGUAAAUGCAUCACUUCAAUUUUAAUAUGCAAAUUACACAAUUGUGUUGUCAAAUUUUAUAUUUCCAUUACUGUGAGAUCUUUAUUCAAGCAGUUUGCUGGAAAUUCACAUGGGGGUUUUUGUUUUUCUUCUCUUUCUGUUCUAUAUUUAGAUCUACGCUUGAUAUUUGGUAUUGUGGCACUGCUUUCAUUGUUGGCUCCAUUAAGAUAAAUCACUUUUGUAU